AUGCCGAAACGUACGCGCCCGCACGUCGUCGUACGUCGCCCACGCUUCCUUACGUCGCCCACUCUGCCUUACAUCGCCCACGCUUCCUUACGUCGCCCACGCUUCCUUACGUCGCCCACGCUUCCUUACGCCGCCCACGCUUCCUUACGCCGCCCACGCUUCACCUCGACUCUCCCUUCCAUUCGCCGCCGUCCCUUCCGCCCGUCGCCCUCCCUUCCGCUCGUUGCCCUCCCUUCCGCCCGUCGCCCUCCUAUCCGCCCGUCGCACUCCCUUCCGCCCGUCGCACUCCUUUCCGCCCGCCGCCCUUCCAUCCCCUCGUCGACCUCCCUUCCGCCCGCCGCUCUUCCUUCCCCUCGUCGCGCUCCCUUCCGCCCGCCGCCCUUCCUUCCCCUCGCCGCGCUCCCUUCCGCCCGCUGCCCUUCCUUUUCCUCAUCGCGCUCCCUUCCGCCAGCUGCCCUUCCUUCCCCUCGUCGCGCUCCCUUCCGCCCGAUGCCCCCCUUCGUCUCGUCGCCCUCCUUCCCGCUCGUCCCCUCGCAAUCUCCCUCUCUCUCGCCCUCCCAUCCACUCCACGUUGCCCUUGCCAUCCCUCCCUUCCCUGCUUCCCCCAAUCCCCUUCCCUUGCUUCCCCCCAUCCCCUUCCCUGCUUCCCCCCAUCCCCUUCCCUGCUUCCCCCCAUCCCCUUCCCUGCUUCCCCCCAUCCCCUUCCCUGCUUCCCCCCAUCCCCUUCCCUGCUUUGGUUGA